AUGACUGAACAGAUUGUCGACAUUCGCCAUCAGGCCUUUAGAGGGUCUCUAGAGGGUCAAACAGUCAACAUUCCUAGCAUGUACAAAUUGCUUCCCGAGUGGCGGCCAAAUCUUCAUGAAGAAUAUGAGCGAGCGCGUGAUGAAACGCUUGAUCCUUGGAUCUGGAGAUGGGUCCCCAAUGAGCGUACUGCGCGGUCUCUCUGUGCAGCCGACUUUGGUCGUUUUGCAGCGGUUUGGGUGCCAAAGUCUCAGUCCUACCGAAUCCUUUGCACGGCUGCCAAAUAUUUCGCCUGGUACUUUGUUUAUGACGACAUAUUCGACUGUGGUUCCUUAAAACACGAUCAGCAUGCCGCUGAGACUUAUAGACAAGCAAGCCUUCAAUAUUUUGAGUUCACCUUGCUCGGAAAGGGCAGCAUGCCAGACCUAUCAGAGUUUGACUGCGAGCUUCAGAACGCGCUACACUGUUGGGAUGAGGUCGGAGAGCAUAUCCGUGAAGUUUGUUCCGAAGAGACUUGUGAGGUGCUUUGUGACGAGAUGCUUCGAUACGUUGGAAGCCUGAACAAUGUCGACAGCAUUUUCAGAGAUAACGAGCUGCCCUCGGUUCAAGAAUACUGGGACCGACGUGGGGCCACCGCUGCCGUUUAUUGUGUGAUUGCCACAGUUCCUUUCAUUUACGGAGUGGACAUUCAUCAGUCGGAUAUCAAAAUUUCCGCCAUGCAAGAUCUAUGGAAGCACGCUUCCUAUUUCGUUCACAUAUCAAACGACAUGUUCUCUCUGCGAAAAGAACUGGUGGACGAUCAAAUCGAGAAUUUGAUUCCGGUGUUGAUGCUGAAUGAUGGAAUCGACUGCAACACUGCAAUGCAAAGAAGCUACGAGCUGCUCAGCAAUGAAGCAAAGGGUCUCCAACAUGCAAAGGAACGCCUACUUGGGGCCCCUGAGGCGGUAUCGCCCGAAAUCUCGGCGGCGUUCAUUCAAGGUUGCUUUGACACAGCAAUGGGUCUUGCUCAUUGGAGUUACUGUGGUGCUCGAUACUUUAAAACCUGGGAACGGGAUGACCAAGAUGUCAUUAAGUUUACGAUCCAGGGACAACCCCGUCAAAAAGACGAUACCAAACCAGGCGAGCGCUCUCAAGUAGUAGCAUGUCUUGCCUCUUGGUAUCAAUCCUUACCCCUCCGGGUGGUUCUAAUUGCUCCAACAAUCUACUCACUGGUUGCAUUGUUGGCUAAAUCGACUGCAUUUGGGUGGCUACCUCGUGGCUGGAUUGGACAUUGGAAAGGGUCUACUCCACAUUGA